UAGCAGAAUUGAUUUUAUUUGAAUACAAACAUUUGUUUUUAUUUAGUCUAAAUUUAUAGUGCGAAUCUAUCGCACCUUUUUUUAGGUCAGAUCUAUAAACCGCCAUUCCUGAAAUCUUUAAUGAUGUGCAUGAAGCAUUCUUGAGCAUGACUGUUAACGGAACGUACCGUCCUCGGUGCUUUUUUGAUGUGGAGACCAAUGGACGUGCAUUGGGUCGCAUCGUGGUGGAGCUUUUUUCUGACAUCUGUCCCAAGACAUGUGAAAACUUUAGAGCCCUCUGUACAGGGGAAAAGGGUUUAGGGCAGAAGACUGGAAAACCUCUUCAUUAUAAAGGAAUCCUUUUCCACCGAGUUGUUAAAGAUUUUAUGAUACAGGGAGGUGACUUCACAAAAGGUGAUGGUACUGGUGGAGAAUCUAUAUAUGGAGGAGUGUUUCCUGAUGAGAAUUUUAUCCUGAAACAUGAUCAGAAAUAUCUUCUUUCUAUGGCUAAUCGUGGAAAAGAUACAAAUGGAUCUCAGUUUUUUAUAACAACAAGAAAUUCACCACAUUUGGAUGGGGUUCAUGUUGUAUUUGGUCGUGUGAUUAAUGGAACGGACGUUGUUUGCCAGAUAGAGAAUGAGAAGACAAACAGUCAAAGCAGUCCUUUAGAGCAGGUCAGAGUGGCUAACUGUGGAGAAUUGGUGUUGCAGAUGAAGCCGAAAGCUAAGAAGAGACGACACGAGUCAGAAAGUGAAUCAGUUUCCUCAUCAGGAUCCUCUUCAGACUCUAGCUCUUCAGCUUCAGAAAGUGAUACUGAAAAGAAAAAGAAGAAAUCAAAGAAGAAGAAGAAGAAAUCAAAGAAGAAGAAAGAGAAAAAAAAGAAGAAAAAGAAAGACUCAAAAAAUGAUGCUGAAUCGGAUUCGAAAAAGGACUCUGCUCAAGUUUCCUCUGUGCGGCCUGAAGAGAUACCUGAUGUUCCAGCACCCAAAUUUCUCUAUCGAGGCAACCCUCAGUUGCAAGAUAAAUCCAGGAAUUCUCCAGUUCGUGGAGAAACACACAGGAAAUAUCCAGAUUCCAACUACAAAGGCAGAGGCACAAAAUAUUCUAGCACUGGUCGAAAAAUCAAGGGUCGUGGAAGUUUUCGUUUCCGGUCUCGGAGUAGAGAUGGUAGCAUUACUCCGCCACAUUGGCGUCGGGAACUGGAUAGAAUCCGCCAGGUAGAUAAUGGUGUGAAGACUGUUGCAGCUGCUAAAGAGAACACUAACAGUGCUCGUUGGUUGAAAGGAGAUAAAUUGGAUUCAACAGGAAAGGAAAUCAGCAACUCCACCCGCUGGGUGAAGGGAGAUACACUAGAGUCAAACCGACAGAAAAAUUCUGAGAAUCCAAGCCGGAAUCGUGAGAGCACUGAUCACGAUGGUUGGCGUGUUCAUAGCGAGAGUAAGGACAGAGACAGGGAGGCAGACGACUGGAAGAAAGACAGUCGUCGAAGCAGCAGCAGAGAUCGUCGGAAUCGGAAAAAAGAGCAGAGUAAAGAACAAUCAAGUCGAGACAGAGACAGAGAUAGACAGCGUGAGCGUGAAUCUGAUCGAUCUAAGAGACAAAGUGUAGAGAAAGGCAGUGAGUCCAAGAGGAGUCAUUCACCAUUGGAGAAGGAACGUACAAAGGAUUCUCAUUCUCACCGUGAUGCUGCCCAUCCUGAUUCAUCCAAAUCUAAUAAGGUUGCUGAAGAGAGCAGAGACAACCACAAAGAUGAUGCUAAAAAGCAUAGGGAGAAAAAGCACAAGAAGCAUAAGAAGCACAAAAGGGGAGGGAAGUCUCCGAAGGAUCGAGAAUCUCGUUCCAAAUCACGCAGCCGGAAAAAUGCUUCGGAUUCUGAUGUAGAAGUUCAGAGUGCAAAGACAAAGGGGGAAGAGAAUCACGAAACAAAAGCCAGCAAAGAUGAUGGGGAAAGUAGUGGAAAGAGGAGCAAACCAUCAAAGCUGCGAAGUCAUGGACAAAAGACGGAAGAGAAUAAAUCCAGACACAGCAGCUGGUUGUCUCAGCAAGUGGGUCCAGAUCACACUGACAAACACAACAGCCGAUAUCGGCGUUCUACUCGUAGAAACAGUAGAUCUUCUUCAAAGUCCUCACACACUGAUUCAAGGCAUCAGAACAAAAGCAGAAGACGCAGUCGUUCGCAUUCCAAAUCACAUGUGCCCAGAGACCGAAGGUCAUGGUCGAAAUCAGCACAGCCAUCUCGAUCACAUAAAUCCCAUUCAGCUGAUCGGAGUCGUAAGAAUCGGUCCACUUCAAAGUCAAGACCAAGAUCUAACUCUCCUGAGCACUACAAGAGGAAUAGAACAACACGGCGUUCUCAGCGGCAGCAUUCUUCUUCGUCCUCUUCUUCAUCUCCAUCACAUCAUAGAAACAGGAGUUCAUCUCGUCACCAACACAGUCGCAGAUAUUCACAUUCAAGUUCUGGUGGACAUCACAGUCCACCAAGAAGGCGAUCUAAUGUGGCUGAAAAGCGGCAGAAACUUUUUUCCCGAGAUGCACUUCAACACCAGUUACUUACAUUUCAAAGAAUGGAACGAGAGAAGUCAGAGAGUCCACCUCCUACUCACUGGAAACCAGGGCAGAAACCAUGGAGACCUAAAUCUGCGAGUACAGAGAACUUGAUGACUGAUAAUCUUAGUCCAAAUAAAACCCUACCUAAAACUGAUGAAGAUAGCGAUGCAGAGCAGAAGGAUUCUGCUAGUGCAGUCACUCCAAAAUCACCCAAAAAUUCAUUGACUCCUGAACUGCCAUCAUUAUCACAACUUCAGCCAGCAGCACCCAUUGUAGUUGCCAAUGAACCUACUAGUGGAAAGAUUCAGUACAACCUGGAGGAUCAGCCAGAACCAUUAGUGGCCGCUGUGAUUAAACCUGAUGACCGAAGUCAGCUUAAUUCAACUGCUCUUUCUUCAAACAUGAGUAAUUCUUCUGGUUGCUCAGAUUCUGAUAUGGAUUCUGAUGGUGAUGGCCCACGGGCUCGACAUGCUACUCUUGAAUCUAAAUCCAGCAAGUCCAAGCAUUACUCUCGUCAGUCAACAUCUGGUGCUGAUAAGAAACCUAAAGAGAAGCUAGAAAAGUUCAAAUGGCAACCACCUCCUGACCCUGAAGAUGUUGAUCCUGAAGAAGAGAUGAAUUUACAAAAUAUUCAGUUGCCUCCUGAAGUGAACCCUCCUUUGUCUAUCCGUCUUCCAUCGGAAGGAAGUCGGGAAACUGUGCAUUUAAGCUGUACUACUUCUUCUGGGCUGACAACAUCAGCAACAACAUCAACAACAGUGCAAACUACGACUACUACUACUACCGCUGCCGCCUCCACCACCACCACCUCUACUACCACCACUCCACCACCACCUCCUCUUCCACCACCACCAUUAGCAAUUGCCGAACAAACAGCCAUUGAAGCUACAGCUCAGUUUGCAAAAAUCAAUUCUGCAGCAUUACUAGCAAACAUCCCUACCCCACCUGAUCCUGUAGGAGGUGUGAAAUCUGUACCACUUCCACCUAGUUCCACAAACACUGUAGCUUCUGUUUCCAUUGACUCUUUGACUGCAGUUCCAUCAAUGACAGAUAAUUGUGCACAGAACAUCUUCUCUUCCACUUUGAAACUUUCUGACACUAGCAGUUCUGUUUUGGCCAAAGCUGUAAUCACAACACCUGCUGUAGCGGUCAGUUCUGAGACAGACCAGAAAGCAGUUGUUGAUGAAGCAGUAAUAUCCAUUAACUCAGAUGAAGUUACAAAAGAGAGCAUUGAAUUGUCUGAUGUCCCUGUGCCUUUACCUUCAGAUACAAAAGCAGGUGAUCUUAAGAUGCAACCGCCCUCGAUCUCUGAAAUAACCAAGGCUGUAGUUGAGAAAGACAAUGCUGAAAAGAGUGGCAAAAAAGAAAUUGAUGUGAUAAGCAUCCCUUCUAAGAGCACUGAAGAUAAUGAAAAACACCAUUCAACUCUGUCUUCAUCCAAACACUCGUACACGCGGGAUUCAAGUCCUUCGCCAAAGAAGUCAUCGGGCAGACGGCAUACCAGUCACAACAGUAGCAAAUCGAGAAGCCAUUCACGGUCUCCAAAACGCUACUUCAGGUCACCCAGCCGAAAUUCUCCAGUGCGCGGUGGACGUUGGAACCAUUCACCGACAUCAUACUCUUUAAACAGGUAUUCGCGUUCGUCGUCCUCUCGAGGGAUCCGAUCAUCAAGAAAAUAUACUUCACCUCGUUCAUCACGACCUUAUAUGAGGACCAGUAACUACUCGCCCCCUAGAUGGAAGCAACGUAGAUCAACACGCUCUAGGAGUCGGGGUCCUCCUUAUCGUCAUAGAUCCCCAAUAUCAUCAUCAACUUCUAAGUAUAAGCGCAGCCCUUCUAGAGACACUUCUAAGAAUCGUCGCAGGCGAGAUUCUCCCAGGCGUAGUAAUUCUCGAAGACGUUCAAGUCCUUCACGAAGUCGGUCAUCCAGCCAUCGGCGCUCCUACUCGCGAAGCAGCUCUCGCAACCAACAACGGCGAAACACUCGGGACCGCCGUAGUAGCAGCAGCAGUCGUCAGCGCCGUCGAAGCAGUAGAAGGAGCGGAAGAAGAUUGAGCGGUCGCAAGAGAAAGAGCAGUAGUUCCAGUCGCAGUCGCAGUUGGUCAUCAAGUGAUUGAAGAAUGGUUUCAAUGGAACUGCCUACCAUUGUAGUAUCCUGUUGAUAGUACUUGUAACUUCAAUAUACUAUCUGGCUUGCACAUUACAAGGGGUGUAUGGAAAUUCUCAUUGAAAAAUAAAACUUUAUGUUUAUUAUUAUACUAAAACA